CAAAGCAUAGCAAGCCGAUCGAGGCGUCGGAGCUAAGAAGGAGAGAAGAACCAGAAAUGGGAUCGUCCAUGUCUUGUUGUGGCCGAUCCGAGAAGGUGGAUCAAGGGGUUGUUGUGAGUAGUGGCGGAUUGAGUAGCACCUGGAGGAUCUUCACCUACAAGGAGCUCUACUCUGCGACCAACGGAUUCAGCGAGGAUCAUUUGCUGGGCGAAGGCGGAUUCGGGAGCGUCUACUUGGGCAAAACCAGUGAUGGUCUUCGGAUCGCGGUGAAGAAGCUCAAGUCGAUGAACUCGAAGGCGGAGAUGGAGUUCGCGGUGGAGGUAGAGGUGCUGGCGAGGGUCCGGCACCGGAACCUUCUCGGGUUGCGGGGUUACUGCGCCGCCAUGGAUCAGAGGUUGAUCGUGUACGAUUACAUGCCCAACCUCAGCUUGCACUCGCACCUCCACGCCCAUUUAUCCGGAUCCAGCGGGGCGAAGUUGGAUUGGAGGAGGAGGAUGAACGUAAUCCUUGGAUCUGCGGAAGCUUUGGUGUACUUGCACCACGAGGUGACGCCGCACAUAAUCCACCGGGACAUCAAGGCCAGCAACGUGCUGCUCGACUCCGACUUCGAGCCGCUGGUGGCGGACUUUGGGUUCGCGAAGCUCAUCCCGGAGGGGGUCAGCCACAUGACGACGAGGGUGAAGGGGACGCUGGGGUACCUGGCGCCGGAGUACGCGAUGUGGGGGCGCGUCUCCGACAGCUGCGACGUCUACUCCUUCGGCAUCCUCAUGCUGGAGGUGGUGUCGGCUCGGAAACCCAUCGAGAAGCUCCCUGGCGGCGCCAAACGCACCAUCACCGAGUGGGCCGAGCCGCUGAUAGCCCGGGGGCGGGUGGGUGACCUGGUGGACCCGCGCCUGCAGGGCGCGUUCGACGAGGCAGAGCUACGGCGGGUGGUGGAGGCCGCUGUGCGGUGUGUGCAGGGGGAAGCGGAGAGAAGGCCUGACAUGAAGGAGGUGGUGGAGAUUCUGCGGGGGAAACAUGAGGGGCGAGUAAAGAGAGAGGUGGCGAGGUUGGAGAGCAUUCGGUACAACGAUGACCUGAUGGCCAUGGAUGAUCAAAGUGAGGAGGAGUUGGAGGACGGCUUCUUUGUUUCAGAGCGUGGAGCGAGGGAUCAGAAGAGGGUGGUCGAUGAGGGAGACGAGGCGAGCAGCUUCUACGGCGUGUUUGGGGAGUUGCCGGUGCGGAUGACGCAGGAUCCUCCGCACGCGAAGACAUGGGGCGGCAGAAGAGAGGGCAGGUUAAUGUGAAAUAAUGCCCAAUUACCUAUUGAUGAAAUUGCGUAACACUUAAUCAUCUAUACAUAUUUCUGUUUGAACUCGGUGUAAGGAUAUAUGUUUGA